AUGUCAUUUGAUAUCAAUUGGGAUAAAUUGAAUGAAGACAACACAAUAAAUGAAUCCAUAAGAGAUUUCCUAAACGAUCAAGUUCAAGGUUUAGAAUUACCAGAUUAUUUGAUGAAUAUAAAAGUUUCAAAAUUUUCAUUAGGUACUAUAGCACCAGAGAUAACAAUAAGGCAUAUUGGAGAUCCUUUUAAUGAUUUUUAUGAUGAAGAUUCUAAUGGUGAUGAUAUAGAAGGUUCAGAAAGACAUGGAAGUGUUAAUGGUUCUGAAAUUCAAUCACAGAAUAAUAAUAAGAAAUUAGAAAUUGAUAAACGUCAUUUUAAAAAAUCUAUAGAUCAAAGUUCAAAUAUCUCACCAAAUCAAAGUAUUAAAGAUAUUGAUGAUGAAAAGGAAAAAGAAGAUCAAAAUUCAUUACAUUCAGUUCAUACAAAUAAAGAAGAAGUUCCAAGUGAAAGUUUAAAAAAUGAAGAUGUAUCAAAUGAUAUUCAAUUUAUAGUAGAAAUUGAUUAUAAAGGUGAUAUAACAAUUGAGAUUCAAGUUGAUUUAUUAUUAAAUUACCCAUCACCUGGAUUCAUAACCUUACCAGUCACAUUAAGAAUAGUAGAUUUAGGUAUUCAUUCAUUAGCCGUGUUGGCACAUGUUAAUAAAAUUGUUUAUCUAAGUUUUCUUUGUGAUAUUAAUGAUGAAAUUUUUGAUGAUAUUAUUAAAAAUCCAAAUUUAUCCAAGAAUUCAAAUAGAAAUAGAAUUGAUAUUAUAAGAAAUUUAAGAAUUGAAAGUGAAAUUGGUGAUACAAAAGGUGAAGGAUCUGUAUUGAAAAAUGUUGGUAAAGUGGAAAGAUUUUUAACAGAUAUGAUUAGAUCAUUAUUAAGAGAUGAAUUAGCAUGGCCUGGAUGGAUAAGUUUUGAUUUUAAUGAAAGUGAUGAUGAGGAAGGGGAUGAUGAUGAAGAUGAUGAAGGUAUAUAG